AUGGAGAGCACAUCGGGACGCAAGCUUAGAUCCAAAUCGCCAGCGACUUCAAACACCGAUGGGCUCUUUGAUUUUGACCGGUGCCCAGGCAGCAUUGCAGCAGACUGUAAGCUAACGGUACUGCCGCGUGCCACUGGCGCAAUCGCGAGUGAGCUUGAAUGGGAUGGUAGCGCUGAACUGAAACGCAAAAAACAGGAACUUAAGCAGAUGGGCGAGCUGGUGGUCGAAAAGCACUCGCUGACAUAUGCAACAGACGGGACAUCGUUUGCAGACGUUACAGACGAGAAGCAAGAAACUGCGUAUGAAGCAGACUUAGUGCCAAAUGCAGCUGAGAACUUGCUGGAUAGGCCAAUGCAAACUUUAGAGAUAAACGAGACUAAAAAAACUCCGAACGGUUGUGACUCUGUGCGACCAGACCCACUGGCAGACGAGCUCUACGAAGUGUACCAUCGAAAAAUGCAAAAACAAGAAAUUAGAAUGGUGAACCAGGACGCAGUUCAGAGCGAGCUAGAGGCCGAGCGGCUGGAGGGCGUCUUGGAAGGCCUGGAGUCCCAAAACUGGCUCAAGACCCUCUUGAAAACGACCGUUAUUCACAACGCAGAUAAUCUGGAGGAGAUCAUGCGCAAACGAGAGAUCACACAAGACACAAUCGGGAGUAUGCUGGCCAAGUUCGAAGCGCUCAAGGCGCGAAUCGCAUUUUUAGCCCGCAACGGUAGGCUGAAAGGCGGGAAACAAGCCUGCUCUCGCUCUCGUAUCUCGGACGACUUUUCCAGCUCACGUAUCGACCACUACCGGCUACCAGCAUUCGGGUUUGGCGAUGUGGACCUCCACUCGGACGACGAGGAAGAAUCGAUGUCUAACGCGGAAAUAAAAGCCUACAGGAAAAAGCUGAGAGAACAGAAAUUUGGCGGUACCGUGGUGAUGCAAUUGCGCAGGAGUACAUCCGUAAACUACAAAUUUGCCAUUGUUGCUGAGCCACUGCGAUCGGCGUACAUUGUUAAAUGUUCCAAGGCGGAAAAGGCAAAGUGGUCUCGCAAGGCAGAACUGCUCCCACCCCAGGUCGAGUACUAUCAGCCAUUCCCCACUCAGACGUAUUCGACGCGACAAAUUUUGAAGCCCAGCACUGCAAAUCACGUUCAGAAUCGUAGCAACAGUCCUGCAAAGCCCAAAAAGCGUGCCGGCGUGGGCCCGGCUAGUCGCAGCGGAUCCAAUACCCCAUCAAAACGUUCCAAAAAAAAUAGAACUAACAAAGGAGCACACUGA